UGAUGACCUGUUAGAUAGAUUGUGUCGCGGAACGGUUUAGGGCUAUCGAUAGUUAGUCAAGUUGCAUUUUAGAGCCGCCAGAACUUAGAGAUAUUUGUGUCAGGAAUCUCGUGAAUGUGUAAUUCGGGCACACUAAAUCAUGUAAAGUUAUGCUUAAUUUUGGCGGAUAGUAUUACUACGAUUUGAGCAUCACACUGAGUGGGAAGGGAAACUGCGAAUAAAACAUAAGACCCAAAUACUCUGUUUGUUAUCGAACACGAGGUGUUUUCUUGGGCGUUAAGUUGCAAUGCACCCCGUGAUAGUUCGAGCGUCGUCAUUUUCUUUUAUUCGCACUCUGCAUUCGCAAGGUGCAUUGGAUUUGCACUCUGCGAGAAGAUGCCAAUGAAGCAUUCGCCCCGGCGGAGCCCCAGACUGGAUGUCGGGGGUGCUCCCGCAACUGCGACCACCACGGCCACAGCAACUGGCAAGCCGGCCAGCUCUGCGAGUGUGGCUGGUGAUCGGCAGCGGCCACAGACUCCGAAGGAAAGUGGAGUAGCCGCCAGUGAAGCGGCAAGUAACCUGCAGCCCGCAGCUACGGGGCAGCUUACGGACUCCACGACUGUACAAGUGGCGGCCCUCAUGGAAAGGAUCGCACAUCUAGAGUCGGAGCUGGUGAAGGCAAGGGCAAAUGAAGGGCAUGCAGAGGCCGCCAGGGAUCCCGUUGGAGUCGGGGCACGCGGCGUUGGAGUGAGCGGUACGGCGAAUACACCGCCAUGUUUGAGUGAAACGGUGCCAUGUCUGAGAGCAGCACCACGGCAGGGCUCGAGUGAGAGCCUGCCCAGGCAGAUUAUGAGUGACAAUCUGCAACCGGAGCUUGGAGUGACGCCAUCUUUGGAUGCGCAGUUGCCGGCACAAUUGAGUGCAAGUUUGCCGCCACAAUUGAGUGGAAAUUUGGCGCCGACGCUUGGCGGCCAUUGGGCAAACGGGCAACCUGUCACACGGAGUUGUACAACAACAACAGUGAGCUAUUCUCCGCCAUUUUGUGUUACCGCCACGGCGCAGCCUGAACGAGGUUAUGUUCACCCGCCACGGGAGCCAACACACAAUUUGGAGGUAUCAACGCCAUCGCCCCUAUCAUAUGGAAUGGCGGCGACGAGCAUACCUGGAUGGACGCCACGCAGACUGCCUGAUCUUCCCGAGUUUGAGGGUCAGCCAGAGGAAUGGCCAAUAUUCUUGUGCGCGUUCACGGAGACAACGGCAGCUUACCAGUGUACAGAUUUGGAGAAUAACCAGAGGCUAGUGAAAGCCCUGAAGGGUGAAGCCCGAGCAGCUGUGAAGUCGCUGCUCAUCCACCCCAGCAAUGUGCAAGCUGUUAUGGAGCAGCUACGAUUCCGGUAUGGACGUCCGGAGCUUUUGAUCCGUAGCCAACUGGAGAGCGUGCGCGAUGUGCAGCCAAUACAGGAGGCCAACAUCGCAAGGAUCGUGCCGUUCGCCACAAGGGUGAGCAACCUGGCAGCGUUCCUGCAGUCAACCACGACCGGCAGCCAGCACUUAGGGAAUCCAACCCUAAUGGAGGAGCUGAUCGCCAAGUUGCCUGUGAGCAAGAGGUUGGACUGGGCGAAGCACGCGGCUACGAUACAGCCAUAUCCGACAGUGGUGCAUCUAAGCGAGUGGCUUCAUGAAUUCGCUAAAUUGGUGUGCACUGUCACGGACGUCGGAAUCAAGGAGCACCCGAGACGAAGGGUAUUGCACGCGAAUAGUGUUCGCGAGGAGGAGCGGUAUGCAGACCGCCCCAGAUGUUGCCCCUUGUGUGAGGGACAACACAGCAUCAAGGACUGCAAGGAAUUCAACCGAGCUUCUACAACGAGGCGAAUCGAGUCCGCGAAGAGGUUGAGGUUAUGUUUUUCGUGUCUGGAGUAUGGACAUAUGGCCCGGUUCUGCACGAAGGAUCGAGGAUGCAACGUCUACGGAUGCCGGAUGAGGCAUCAUUACCUACUCCAUGACCCAGCUGGACAUCCCAGACGACCGCCAGUCGCAGAUGGAGGCCGCAGGAGGGAUCAGCGGAGCAGUCAAGACCGGCAGCUGUACAGAGACAGCGGCCGACGGAUACGAAUGCCACAGUCAGUGGAUUCCAACGAGAAGAGCCUGCCUACGUCAGCUGCAGUUAUAGACGCGGGACGUAAGGAGGAUGAGAGGCGAUCGACAUGCGACCGGCAGGAAUUAUCGCACCGGAACUUGAGUUGUGUCGAUUCGGAUGGAGGUCACCUGCUGUUCCGGAUUUUGCCCGUGACGUUGUACGGGGAGAAUACGCAGGUCGACACCUACGCACUGCUGGAUGAAGGUUCGUCCGUCACGCUCAUUGACGACGAGCUCAUCCGCAGCCUGAACCUGAGAGGCGAGAGUCGACAACUAAAUGUGCAAUGAUUCGGCGGAAAAUCCGUCAAAGAGCACACAAGGAUGGUUAGCCUGCAGAUCAGCGCAGCGGGCAAGCCGAAGCGCCAUGCGCUGAAGAAUGUGUAC